CCUUCAUCUCCCAUAUCUCUCUCUCUCUCUCUCUCUCUCUCUCUUCAUCCCACAUCCCUUUAAUCUUCAUUGCACCUCCCGCAAUGAACACUUCAGCCCACAUCAUCCCCUCUCCGUCGACCGCCUCCCUCCGCCCUCCAACAACCAACCUACCUCUGUCAACAAUCAACGCCUUCAACGGCUUACCACUAUUUCCUUCAUCGACCACCACUACGACAACCUAAUAUCUCCGCUCUCUCACUUCUUCCAAAACCCUUCCAUCUCUCCACUGUCACCGGCGUCGGAAGCCUAACGCUCGACAUUUCGCCGGAGAUCCAUUCAAUUUAGUAAAAAAAGGAGAAAUCAAAACGAAAUGGUGUGCUUCUGCUUUUUGGUUGACCAAACUCGUCAAGUGAGACGGUGCAAGCCUGUGGCGGGGCUUUGUUCUAGGUGCGGCGGCGGAGCUAGUGUCGCAGAUAUGAAGACCGCCACCAGGUUUUGCUAUGUUCCGUUCUACUGGAAAUCGUGGAAAGCUAUUAUGUGUACUUUCUGUGGCGCCAUUCUUAAAACUUACUAGUGAUUUGAUCGAUUAGGACUAGAAUUUACUGAGGAAAUGAUUAUUUGUUGAGAUCGAAGCUCUUCUAAUCUAAUAUCUCUAGAAGUUUAUGAAGCCUAUUUGUUGAAUUUAGUGAGAUCGGGUCUCGCUUCAGUAGCAGAAGAAACAACUCUCAGCCCAAGCUAUUCAAAAUAAGGCAAAAGUAACCAGUAACCUUGAUUUUGAAAUCAAAUAGAAAAACUUGUAUCUUUAUACAUCCCGCCUAUACACCCGAUCAAUCAACAAAUAUCACUUUCAGUCGCAGAUCCAGCUAAAUCAAUCAAUCCUUUAAGCUUUGUGCACAGAAAUGGAGAAGAUAUGCGUAGCAGUGAGAGUGAGGCCACCCGUGAAAUCAGACGAGGAUUCCAAUUCCAAUUCAAAUGGCAGUCACUGGAAGGUAGAUGACAACCGUAUUUCUCUGUAUAGGUCUCUAUCCGGCACUCCUCUUCCCCUGCUCUUUCUUAUACUUUUGACAAUUUCAGUAGUUGUGGAUUACUAUUACUAUGGGAAAUGGACAUCAUCUGUUAUGAAUCUGUUGGUGUAUAAUGUUUUAGGAGGUGGAGAGAGUCAUUUAUAUGGAACUGAAGGGCCUUUAUUUUACUUGAAGAAUGGAUUUAAUAACUUCAAUUUUGCUCUUGUUUUUGCACUGAUGUUUGUGGUCCUUUUUCCAUUUACAAAGAAGAAAUAUGCCCCUGAUAUCGACUUGAUCCAAGGUUUCUAAUGCUUCCAUCAAAUGAGUGACGUGGGUCCACCACAAUUGAUGUUUCUGGCAUCAUGCACUGCGUUUGCUUAUGGACAAACAAGUAGUGGGAAAACGUUUACAAUGAAUGGGUUUGAGAAUGCUCCGGGAAUUAUUCACAGAGAUGUCAAAGAUAUUUUUGCCAAGAUUGGCAUGAUUUGGAAGAAAUUGUGGUGAAUAUUAAAGAUGUGAAAAAUGAUAAAUUGAAGAAAAUAAGGAAAUAUUGACACGAAGACAUGAAAACACUUUGUAAUUUGUAGCAUUUUUUAUUUUUUAUAUUUUAUUUUGUAUCGAAUAAAA